GGCUGCCGGGAGCCCGCAGCCCGGGAUCCCCGGCUCCGGCCGGUCCCCCGGGCACCGCGGGGCCUUGCACGGCUCCGGGAUCCCCCGGCACCGCGGGGCCUUGCACGGCUCCGGGAUCCGCCGUGCGCAGCGGAGAAUCCCGGGAGAGCUCCGGGUUGGCUAGCUGGAAUGGAGGCGCCCUAGGGAGUUGGCUCUUAGAAAGGCUGAAUGCUUGGAGUCAGUCACAGAAAAUUUGCUGCUGUCACAUCAUCCCUUGCCUUGGAGCCCAGCUCAGGCUUACAGUAAUUCGUGUUGCACAUCACAGGCACGUCUAGGCAUUGUCACUCUGGUCUGAAUCAGACCUGUCUGGGCAUUCACCCUCCUGUCACAGAAGAAGCAAAGGAUGCAGCAAGGCUCAGAGUAAGCGGUUCCAGGUGUCAACUGAGCAAAGUCCAGAUCAGCUGCAGUUAUUCCAGAGUACGCGUCCACAUGCAGAAUAUUCCAAAACAGUGGAGCCAGAAGGCUGGAAUUGGGAAAGCAGAGAAUGGAAUACACAAUGGCUGAUCCACACCUAGUGAGGCAGAGGUUGCAGAGACGCCUGGAAGUUGUGUCAGUGCGGCAGCAGCUGGCCCUGUGCCGGAACCAGGCCCUGUGCCGGGAAUUCCUGCAGCUGGAGGCUCACAUGGAAGCCACAGGCUGGGAGAGCAUCCGGAAGAUGGAAGAAUGGCAUGGAAGGGAAAUUAAAAACCUGUUAUCCCUUCAAGAGGUCAGCUUGUCAGCAGGAGGUGACAAGGAGGAAGGACCCAGUGAGCAGGUGCUGCGGGCCGGAGGACAGGUGGAAAUUGGCACCAAUACAGCCGUGCCAGCAGAACUGGGCUAUCCAGCAGCAGCCUUGCUGGGCUGCCCCACAUCAGCUGCCUCGGCCACAGGAGGUUUGGGCUCGCAGCAGGAGCCCCCUCUGUGCUCCUCGUCCUCUGAUGGGCUCAGUCCUGAGACCGGCAACGCUGCUGGAGAGAGUGAGAAGGGAGCAGCAGGACAUGGGGACCUGGCAGCCAGUGAGGAAGGCUCUGAGCAGCUCAUGUCAGCUUCUGGUGCCAAAGCAGCCCCCACGAGGCCAGGAAGUGAUCCAGGGGCAAAGCCUAGCCUGAGCAGCUGGUGGACUCACAGGGAGCAGAGCAGAGCCAAGCUCCCAGUCCCUGCCAGUGCUGAGGAGGAGGUGAGGCCAAACGUUCCCAGCUUGCAGCAGGACCAGGGCAGGGAUGCCCAGGCUCCAGAGUGCUCCCUGCUGCCCCCACCGAACCCUCCUGCGGCCCAGGAGGAGCCCUUGGACAGCUCAGCACCACACAGGCCCGGCGGGCUCUGCCACGCACUGCAGCUCCCGGAGGACCUGGUGGAGAGGAUGAGUCCCCGGCACCAGACACUGUACCAGGGCCAGCCCUCGGCGACAGCGGAGCGGCCCAGUGCUUGUGCUGAGGCCAGCGGGCUGCCUCAGGGUGACCUUGAGGUGAUGGAAGCCGCGGUGCUCCAGCAGCUCCAGGCCGUGUCCCAGCGUGCACAGAGCAGGAGCCUCCCACCGGAGAACCCUGGCGAGGCCGUGAGCAGAGCAGGGUAUGAGGAGCACACCAGGGACACGGACGCACUGCAGAGUCUCCUGAGCCACCAUGGCUUGUCCCUGAAGCAGCACAGGGUUCGGUUCCCGGAGCGGGUGGCAGAGACGUUUGAGGAGCUGCUGGCUUCGGGAGAUGAGGGGCAGGACCGCCAGACUGCGCUGGUGCUGAGAGAGGCCCUUCCAGGAGAGUGUGGGGAUGAGCCACCUGUCCUGAGUAAUGAAUCCUCUCUCGGCCUGCCAUCGAUCCCGACCAACGGUGGGGAAGGAAAGCAGGGGGAACUGGCACGGCGAGAACCAGGUGAGGAUCGUGGCCAUGACAGUCCCAAAGGAAGCGGCAGUUUGGGAACACAUUUGGAAAGCAGCUCCUUGUCGGAUGGAAGCACUCCUCCCUUCUCCAGGACUGAAUUGCGGAAGGAAACAUUAACUCACAUAAAAUCCAAAGCAUUCUGGGGCGAAUCUGACGACAGCUGCUCCGAAAUCGAGGCUGCUCUGCGCCCACAGACCCACGGCACAGAUUCAGACGACUUUGAUGACUUCUAUGACUGAGAUUCUCCCACUGGCUUUUGGGAAGAAACAAACUGUGUUUUCUUUUACACAAUGACUGUGCCACAGGCUGCAGCACUGCCUGUUACUUAAUUGGCAAAGAAAAUUUAAAUACCAAAUAAACAUAAUGGGUCCUA